CAGAGGCACAGUGAAGGGGACACUUUCUCUCAACAUGAUAAUUGCUACAACCGCCAUGGGCUCACUGAAGUCCCCUGGACUGUCCCUUCUGCUGCUGUCUUUUCUUCUUUACAUAGCUGAUUCCUAUCCCAACAUUGACUUAUCAAACAUGGGCUGUGAAGAAUGCACGUUGAGAAAGAACAAUCUUUUCUCAAGGGAACGUCCGGUUUACCAGUGCAUGGGCUGCUGCUUCUCCAGAGCGUACCCGACACCUCUCAGAGCCAUGAAGACAAUGAAUAUCCCAAAAAACAUCACCUCAGAGGCGACGUGCUGCGUCGCAAGGCACAGCCACGAGAUCCUGAUAGCUGGCAUUUCGGUGAGAAACCACACAGACUGCCAUUGCAGCACCUGUUACUUUCAUAAGAUAUGA